CAUUAGGCAUUUACCCUACUCGCCAAAACAUAGCGAGUGGAAGGUUCUAGUCGAUUGGUUGCCGUCUGUGCUUUCUUCAUCAUGGCGAAGCGAUUAGCUCCAUUGUUGAAUCGUGUCUUGGUCGAGAAAAUUGUUCCUCCGUCCAAAACCAGUGCAGGAAUCUUACUUCCCGAGAAGACCGCACAGCUAAACUCCGGUAAAGUUGUUGCUGUGGGUCCUGGAGCUCGUAACAGAGAUGGACAACUUGUUCCUGUUAGUGUAAAAGAAGGAGACACUGUGCUUUUACCUGAAUAUGGAGGAACUGAAGUAAAACUUGGUGACAAAGAGUAUCAUCUAUAUAGAGAUGACGAUAUACUGGGAACACUGCAUGAUUGAUGAAGUUCACUCCUAUUGUGAGGUUAUAAAAAAAUUUUUAUAACGAUCCUGUAGGAUUGAGGCAGCUUUUAAUGUGUAAUUGAAGAGUUAGGCUGUGAGACUGCAGCUAAACAUUCUGCUUCUAUUUGGUGCCUUGAAUUAGAUUGGGAACUCAUAGGUUGUCUUUAUUGGACACAACACAAAGAUCUUAUGGAAUUUAGUCAUUUCCUUGUCUUGCUUCUGCUUAUUAUGCUUAUAUAAUAUCUAUCUUAUACGGGUUAGUUAUUUUCA